AUGCUCCGCGCCGACAACGAUGUCCUAUGGAACGAUCCGCUGCAGCCCCUUACGGAGAAACAGCUCCAGGCGGCUGCUGACAGCCACGAAUAUGCCCGCGCCAAUGACCUCGUCCUCGCUCUCGAGACUAAUGAUCAUUUGCAGUACCACUAUGGUGUUGCUGCCGACGAGCAACGUCGCAUUCCGGCUGCCGAACGGUCCCUGGCUGAUGACCACCUCCCGCCGCUAGUGCUACAGCCUACCAAGAUCGAGGAACUGUGGAUCGUGCCACGUCGUGUCGCUGGAGUGUUGGAGGCGGCAUGCCGAUGGCUGACGGAGGAGGAACUGAAAGCGUGUGAAGUGGCGGUGGUCAGUAACGAGUCAAAGACGGUGCGAUCGGCAGCGGAACAAGCGCGCACACUCAAGCUCGAAACGCCACUUCUUCUGACCGACCCGGACGAGGACUACGCCGAGUUGCAGAGGAUCACGACUGCGACUCUUAAUUGUGGGGAAGGCUGUGCGCGGAGCCAAGGCUUGGUCCAAAGUGUCCAAGAGGAACAAGAGCUGUUCACCGUUCCCGCCCAUGCAUCGGCUUAUGCAUCGCGUCUUGAAGAGGGCGUUCGCACAGAGACCAUGGCAGUCUCUGAACUGUCCAUCCGCUCCUUGGUGGCUUUGAUGGCCAGCACGGAGUGGACUGACCGAGACCAGGCGGCUUUUCUUGACAAGCAGACGCCAAUACCGAGCUUCACUUCCAGAUACGUAUCGCCGCCUCUGCCGCCUGUGGGCGACUUCGAGUGCUACUAUCCUCAAGGCGAUGCGUGUCUUGUCUCGGAUGCCUCUGAUGUCAGUUCAGGCAUCAGUGAGGCACUUGAAGAGGCAGAACGCCUCCUCACAAAACAGGCAGGAGACAAUUGGGCAGAUGAAGGUGUCGAUCUAAGCUUACCGUCCUUCUCGAACCACACAUUCGACGAUUCGAUGACGAUCCUUUGUUCGCAUGUUCCACCUCUUGACGCCCAGAGUCAACAGGAAAGCGAACUAUCCAUAUCGCUAUCACCUAGUCCCAAGGAGCUUUCCCAGCAAAAUGCACCUCCGUACAUGUCCGCAGGUGACGAGCUCUUCGGUGCUUGGGUCAAUGAGUCCACGGUCGAUGGUGAGGGCAGCGUGGCGGAUAAUGUCGCACAACGGUGCCCAGAUAAUCCUCUUGAAACAAUUCAAAAGUCUUCAUACGAAACACGUUCAGAUGAUAGUCUUCAAGAUGAGUCCUACGAGGAGCUCACAGAGGAGGCCCUGUUUGCGCUCGAAGCAAACGACAUUGUUGUACAGGCCAAGGUUCCCCUUCCCGAUGUCGAAAUUGAGUCUAGUCUUCCAGAUUGGCACGGCGUGGGCGCCGAUGCUCUCGACAUGCUCCAAUGGAUCAUAAACGACACAAAAGCAGCCUUUCAGGGUCUUUAUCUCCAUGGGGAAGACAGCAUGUUCCUGUUGCCCCAUGUUGACUUGGAUGAGUUGAGCAAACAGUACACCAACGUUGGCGAAGAGACGCUCAAUGCCGAUUUGCAAAGUUUUGAAACAGCGACGGCGUUCAUGAAAACGGUACCAGACGUUCAGUCAAUGCUCAUCAACAGCAUCACGCCAGUGGUCUUUCUCUCGGGAUUCUAUAACGAUGCGCCCCUCGAGGUUCUGUGGGAUAAGCCAAAUGAGUCCAAAGUUCCUAAAGCCUUCACAUUACCAAAUGACUCCAUGGCGCCAAAAGAAGAUCCGGCCAGUCCUUCAAAAUCAGUUCAGGGCAAGUCAAGCAGCUCUCCAAAAGUGUCCAGCCAGAUUGUUUUAAAAGAACAGUCAAUCCAGAAGCAGACACCAGGGGAAACUGGCGAUAUAUGGAGAGAUCUCAUGGCCCGACACAAGAGACGGAAGCAAGAGCACGCACAGGGCACGUGUACGGCUUCCAACGCGAAUGCUCCGACUUCCCAAAAGACGGUCCAAAUCAAGGCUCCAGAACUUCUCCUGGGCUUUCGGGCUUUCGCAGACCCACGAUUUGAGCUGAGCGAGCAAGAUAAAUCCCACGGUGCAUGUCAUGAUGGGGCAGUUCAGCCGCUGUCGUCGACGAAACAAUCAUCGACCAUACUGAUUCAGAAAGGUCCAGUGAUUCAGCCAAUUGACACAGGAACUACACGCCUUUUUAAGGCCAUUUUGUCAAUGUCCAUUCCGCGCACCCUUCGAACCAUGCUGGUGACACUCCUACCCAACUUGGAGUUUGUUGAGCGAGAUUAUCAACAGAUACAUCCUGGGUACGGCGGCAUAAACACCAGCUUCGAAGCCGACCUCGUUGUAUCGCCAUCCACAGGUUUGAUCAUUAUCACCAUGGUCGACGUUCGCCAGACAGAUUCACAAAAACGUCCCGUCUUCCAAAACCGCGUGGCGGUCGUGGCACCCCGGUACGAGAUGCUGCACGUUUUGAUUUACCGCAACAACGCUCGACCGAUUCGCAACGAUGAAGCAGAUAUGCACGACGACCUUCCGGAGUUGUCGCCAUCGGACGCCAUGGCAUUGGCCCAGCUGCAUGGCUUCUUACAUAGUCUUCCGUGCAAGGUGUCAGCCUCGUAUGUUGGUGGGGGUGAGCAGGCCGUCGCCGAGUGGGCGGCAUCGCUAGUGGUGCAAGAGGCAAAGAAGGACGGAGAGCAACAGAGGGCAAUAGAAGUAGAAAAGUAUCUCGUCGAGGAGGAGACACGCUGGGAGCUGUUCUUGCGGCAGGCCUGCCUCAACGUCUACGACGCGCAGAUUUUGUUUGGUGUUCUACUAGAGGCCACUGGACGACAGCCACGGGAUACUAUGGAUGGGAUACACGCGCGCUGA